UCCAGCUAUAAGAGCACAGCUGACCAGGUACUGCGGGUCCAUCCUUAACUACUGGCCAAGGCACACUGACUUAUGAAAGAUCGGACGGCCUUAUUAAAACUCGCCUUUUAGCAUGUGGUUAAUUGUCGCCGACUUUGUGCCAUGUUGAGAUGUAGAACCAGUUCCUGAGAUUGUUUUUGGACUCAUUCCACAGCGGAUCUGGAGCCGGGCGCUGCUAACUUUUAAAGAUGACUUUUGCCAUGCUGCGGCCUGUGGCGACGCACUUGAUCUACUCGGACUUCACUGCCACAUCGGAGGACGACGAGAACCGCAGCGAAAGCGACGGCAGCUCGGAGCAAAGUUACUGUGGCUCCGGCGAAAAACGAAGACGGAUUUCGCGCAAACUGGACGGAGAGCCCACGGUGGUCAUUAAACAGAGGAGCGCGGCUAAUGCCAGGGAGAGAGGCCGAACCCAGAGCGUCAACACCGCGUUCACGGCGCUCCGGACCCUCAUACCCACCGAGCCGGUGGACAGAAAGCUCUCCAAGAUAGAAACUCUAAGGCUGGCGUCCAGCUAUAUCUCCCAUCUGGCCAAUGUGCUUCUCACUGGAGACAGCAGCGUUGACGGACAGCCGUGCCUCGGCGCGGUUCAUGCGCAAGGAGAGAGCGGGGCGAAGCAGCCGCGGACCAUCUGCACGUUCUGCUUGAGCAACCAGAGAAAAGGGAUAAAGGAUGGAAAAGACUGUCUGAAAAUGCGAGCGCUGGCUCCGCUGCGAAUGAGACGUUGAUUGAAGACCAGUGAAUGAAAAGCAACCUGAAAAUCCUCAAAGACUUUCUCAGGGAAGAGUCAAAGCUGGUUUUGCAGUUCGCGCGCGCACACUUCUCUCUCUGUCAACCACACACACACACACACACAUACACGCACGCACACACACAUGCACACAUGCUGGAUCAAAUGAUGGAACCGAAGAAGAGACUAUUUAUACUUGACUGAGAAAUUUAAGCAUAAGCCUUUCAAAGAUGCAGUGCAUUUGCUUGAAACUUAUGUGUUUUUGUGCAUUGUCUUUGGCAUUAAAAGUUUAAAUAAAAUCUAUUUUAUCAAAAAUAAAA